AGACAAUCUAAUCAUCUGACCGGAAGUUGUCCGAUUUACAGUGGCAUUUGCUAUUUUUAAGGAGAUAAGGUCCGAUGAAUUGACGACACACCACCAUCGCUCCUCCCGUUUUCUUCCAUUUUCGUAAAUCAAGUAUCGUAACACCAUAAUCUGAUCUCUGUUAACUCCAAUUUUGAGUCUUGAGAUUCUGUUUCCUUUAUUUUUGGGAAUUGAACAUUUUGGGUAGUCAGAUCUGCUGUUUAAAUGGAUUUUACGGGUGAAGCUGGUUUUGCUGGAGGGAAUGUGAUCCCCGAUUCCACAGCCGGGGGUGGUGGUUAUGACAGUUGGGGUCCUAAUUUUUCUGACCAGGCAGUUUGGGCUACUGAGGAUGAUUAUAAAGCCUGGAACAGUGGUCCCUAUUGUGAAACCCCUUCCAAUUCCAGUCAGGAUGGUAGGCAUUCACAAAACCGGGCGGGGAGUGAGCCUCCCAACAAGAAGUCAAGGAAUGUCCAGGAUUCAGAUGCUCGCAUUAUAGUCACCAGUAGCUCUAAAGCAAUCGGAAAGAUGUUCUUUAAAACGAAGUUGUGUUGUAAGUUCCGUGCCGGUGUCUGCCCCUAUGUUACUAAUUGUAACUUUGCUCAUGGAAUAGAGGAGCUUCGCAAACCACCACCUAAUUGGCAAGAGAUAGUAGCUGCACAUGAAAAUGAGCGGGGAGUAAUGGUGGAACUGAGAGAAGAACACCAGAUACCAAUAUUGAGCUCUCCUGAUUUACGUGGAGAGUCUCAAAGGUCCGCUAAAGGGAGGCACUGCAAGAAGUUCUACACUGAAGAGGGAUGUCCUUAUGGAGAUAGUUGCACUUUCCUUCAUGAUGAACAAUCAAGGUCUAGAGAGAGUGUUGCAAUAAGUGUGACUCCUACUGUUGGUGGAUUUGGAAAUAAUGCUACUGGAGCAACCCAAAAACCUUCAAACUGGAAGACAAGAAUUUGUAAUAAGUGGGAGACUACUGGCUAUUGCCCGUUUGGCAGCAAGUGUCAUUUUGCUCAUGGUGUGGCAGAACUGAACAAGUUUGGUGGAGGACCUGCGGAAACAGAUGGCAAAGAUUAUGUCUCUGUUCCUCCAGAAUUAAAGCAGGGCGGGGUUCCAUCAAGAGCAACAGAAAGUACAGUGCCCUCAACCAUUCCAGCACUCCACACAGAUGUUUAUCAUCUGGGGCAGGGUGUUCAGGUACAAAGGCCAACUGGCAUAGCAGAUAGACCUGGCCAGAGGUUCUUUCAAAAAUGGAAAGGCCCGGAUAAGAUAAGUAAAAUAUAUGGCGACUGGAUUGAUGACAUCGAAUGAAGGAGUUGUCCUAAUUAGCUACUGAUCUGUUUAGCUAGACACAAAUAGCCAAGGUUUGCUUUCAGCCUUGCAUCCAAAGGAAUUUUACCUAGUGUUUUUUCGCCCCUCUGAAACUUGUUGUAUUAGAGCUACAAAAACUAGAUAGCUGCUCGGCAGUCGAUGUUUAAUCACUUUUCUGUAUUAUUCACAACUUGUUUGUAAGAAUGAUGAUUGGCCAUAAUCUCUAUACUUGAGCCUUUUGUCUUGCAUGGAGAUAUUCAAACAUAAUUUGUAUUUGAACUUGUGACUUGUUAUACCCGA